AUAAAAUUGAACAAAAAUGAACAGGAAAAUAUACUUAGUCUCCGAUGAAGAGCGAAAGAUAAGCAUCUCUGAUGAAGCAGCACAGCUCUGAAAGGCAUUCUCUGCUUAUCUUAGUUGUAUUCAUGGAGAUGUGAACAUCCCAUUACCUGAAUUACAGCAUGAUGCUCUAUCAAAAGUGGCAGAUUUUUGAGAGCAUUUUAUUAAAGAACCACUAAAUGAGAUCCAUAAGCCUUCUACCCAAGUGAGUGAUAUAAUCCAGCCACAGUGGUACCUUGAAUUUUUUAGUCUAGAAAUCGAAGAAUUGUGAAAUAUAAUGAAAGCAGCUAAAUUUCUAGAAAUUUCUAUCUUAAAGGAAGCCUGAACAGCUGCCGCUGCAAUUCAUGGGAAGGGUAAAUCUCUCACUAAGGCAUUUCGGAAGAUGGCCUAAUUCUUAAUGGAUAAAACUU